CGGAAGUAGCAAAGCAGGACGAAGGAAGAGAGAAGAGGGAGAACGAGCGAUCGCAUGAGUGUAUCUCUAACAUUGUAAAAAUUUUGCCCUUUUGCACGGGCUUAAUACAGAAGAAGGAUUGUCUAUAGUGCCACUUUUACUCCAGAAUCCAUGAUGUUCAAUAGACAGAACAGCCUCUGGAUGGGUGAUCUGGACCCAUACAUGGAUGAGAACUUCAUCAAGCAGGCCUUUAGUGCUAUGGGAGAAUCACCUUUAGGAGUAAAGAUCAUCACACACAGAAUAACAGGGGGUUCAGCAGGAUACUGCUUUGUGGAGUUGGCAGACGAGGCAAGCGUUGACCGCUGUGUUCAAAGACUCAACGGAAAACUAGUGCCUGGAUCAAACCCGCCCCGGAAGUUUAAGCUAAACUAUGCCACCUACGGGAAACGACCAGAGGCAGGGCCAGAGUUCUCAGUGUUUGUAGGCGACCUGGCCUCUGAGGUGGAUGACUUCCAGCUCCAUCAAGUUUUUAAGAAGUACCCAUCCUGCAAAGGAGCCAAAGUAGUCACCGACCAGUACGGGUACUCCAGAGGCUACGGCUUUGUCAAGUUUGGGGAAGAGAGCGAACAGAAGAAGGCCAUUGAGGAGUGCCAGGGUACGAUGCUGGGGGGAAAGCCAAUCAGGCUUAGCAUUGCUGUCGCCAAGAGCCAGAAGAUGAGCAGCUACCAUGGAAACCAGGGCCAGAGUUACCACAGCAACUACAACCAGACCCAAUCUGGAUACUAUGGCAGUCAUACGGGCGGGGGUCAGGGGAGCUACUAUUCACAGUGGGGUGGAUAUGACCAGUAUGGGGGCUAUAACAGCAGUGGCUAUGGCAGUGGCUACAACAGCGGCUACAACAGUGGCUACAACUACAACUAUGGGCCUUAUGGUUAUCCCCCUCCAGGUCACAUGAUGCCACCUCCUCCAAUGGGGAUGCCACCCAUGUCCACUGACAUGUCAGGAGCUGUAGAGCAGAGCCAUGAGCAGACUGAGGAUGUCGAGGAGGAUAACUCAGAAGAGCCCAUCCCUGAGUGUGACGUGGAGCUCUGGAACAAAGAUUUUAUUGAGCGCAGUGAGGAGCUUUACGACGCCAUGAUGAACUGUCACUGGGAGCCUCUGGACUCUGUUGAUUCCCCCAUACCUUCCCUCUCUUGAUAACUCUGUUUAUUUUAAAGUCUUCUGUUUCCCUCUAGUCAUUAAAACUUUGUUUUGAACAAAUUUGGACUCAGAAACUUCCACCACAUCUAUACCUUUAACUGUGUUGUUUACCGUGUUGGUAACAAACAGGAAUUUGGUCAAAAAUCUGCAGUUACCAUGUAGAGAAUACAGUGAAUAAGUGCUGAAGCCGACUGACACACAGAAGCUGUCGAGGUACAAACUAAAUGUAGUGUGUGUCAGUGUUUCACCACUUAAUGAUGUCACAGAGGAGUAGAAACCUUGGGUCAUUCGUUGUUAUUGAUCCAUGUUGUAAUGACCAACAGAAGCUGACUUUUCUCAUCAGUCUUCUGGAAACACAAAGAAAAACUUUGCCUUUCUUGUCUUUUGCCAUGUACAGUAGCUCCUGUCUGUUCAGGAUGGUUAUUAGAGUUAUGUUGUAGAUAAAGGACUCAAGUCCUUAUCGUCUCGUUCACUUUUAAUGAAGGACUGCCAUAAUUGUUUCUCCUUUAGAUUUAAUGAACUUGAUCCGGGUGUCGUGUUCAGCGUAGGAAGAUGGUGAUAUUAAGUUUACCAGAACAUAAACAUCCAAAAUGCUAUUUAUCGCUGUUUUCUGCAGCAGAAGCUCAGUGUCUUUGUGUAAUGGAUGAAUGGUACAACACACCGCCGGAUAUGUUGCUGUGAUGCUUUUUUCAAGCUUUUAUGAGGUUUCCAGCUGAUUUGAUGUCAGAUUUCAAAGCAGAAUUUGUUUUCUGCAUUUUAACGACUGGAAUCUUGUAUAUAUUUUCUUUCUGGAGAUGUUUUAUCAAUAAAACAAAUUUAGGAGGAAAGCA